ACGCGUAGAGUGACGUCACCGGGCAUCCAUUGCUGCCGCAUCGCACAUGUGAUCGUUCAGGCUCAGCUUUUUAUGCAGUGUGUAGAUUUGACAAUGGAUGAAACUAAUAAUAAACCUAGCGGAUCGUUUAUAUGCUCGUUUCCUGACUGUCACGCGUCGUACAACAAAGUAUGGAAACUAGAAGCGCAUCUAUGUAAACAUACAGGAGUGAGACCUUUUCAUUGCGAGUUCAGUGGUUGCAGUAAAUCAUUCUGCACGAGUCACCAUCUUGCUCGUCAUACGCUGACACACACCGGAGAAAGACCUUACAAAUGCGCAGAGGAAGGAUGCAAUGCAGGAUUCACCACAAACGCCAACUUGAAGAAGCACAUUUCACGUAUUCACAGACAAGAGACAAAACAAUACGUAUGUACGUAUGAAGGAUGUGGCAAAACAUUCAAGAAAAAUAACCAGCUGAAGACCCACGAGUGUACGCACACCCUCCUCCUGCCGUACCUAUGUUCGUAUGAAGGAUGCGAAAGACGCUUUUCACAGUCUGGUAAACUGAAGCGGCAUGAGAAAGUGCACCAGGGUUAUUCGUGUACGUCCGAGGGCUGCACGUUUGUGGCGAAGAACUGGACAGAGAUGACGAAACACAUGAAAGUUCAUAAGGUGAGGGUACAAUGUGACGAGUGUAAGAAAACGUUUCGGGACAUCUGGUUCUUGCGGCAACAUCAGCAAGUUCAUACUGGAGAGCGUCUGGUGUUCCACUGUCCCAGACAAGGAUGCACGCGCUCCUACACGACUGCCUUUAACCUCCAAAGUCACAUUUUGUCGUUUCACGAAGAGCAGCGUUCGUUCGUCUGCCCUCACCCUGACUGUGGCAAAUCCUUUUCAAUGAAGCAAAGUUUACUGCGCCAUACUGUGGUUCAUGACCCUGAAAAGAAGAAACAGAAAAAGCCCCACCCAAAACGCUCUCUGGCGUCCCGUCUAAGUGGUCACAAGCCAGCCAAGAAACAUCCAACGGAAACAUUAGAAUCAGGCGAGACAUCAUUGUCACAGGCUGAACAGUCACUGGAGCUUCAAAUAGUUCAUGAUUCAGAUACGUCCGCAUCCGAAAGUCAUACAACCCAAAAACCAGACCUCACAGAAUCAAAAAGUUGUGAUUUACAGCCGGUUACAUCUAAAAGUGUCAUCAACCAAUCAAAAUCCAUCUGUUCGGAAUUCAGUGACACUGCACGUCCGGUGGUCCACUUUUUGGAGCCGUUCUUGUUAUAGAGUCUGACGUCUUUAUUUCAACCCAUUACAAAUUCCUUGCCAGUUAAAAGGAGCAUACCUUUGCAAAAUAUGAAACUUUUAUUUAAACAUUUUCAGUCUUUUGAUUUCUCUGUCGUUGAGGUUAAAGGUGGUUUUGGUUUCUCCGAGUCUUGCUUGUUUGAAGUCUCAGUCGCUUUCUGUCGCAGUUCUUUGGCAGAGGCGAGGCGAAGGACACACAUGGCAGCCCGUCCUCCACGGACAACGGUGGGUUUCGAUACGAAACCAACCGGUAGUGAUAUCUUCUCUACCAUCUGAGUCAGCACUUUAUCCUGUUAAAGGAAAUAAACAAAUAACAAAAUUUGUUUGUUUAUACCACUAAUGCGAUUGUGUAGUUGUUCAGUGUUAGGUUUCAAAGAACCAUUUAACAGUAUUUAUUUUGUUAAUAAAUACCAAAAUAUUGCUGCCA